AAGGCAGGGGACUCUCCUCUCAGCGAGAACGGGAUGAUGAUGGUGGAAGUGAUCAAGCGGCAUCCACCUGACUUCGCCAACAUGAUCCAAGACUAUCAUGGCGUGAGACCGACGCUGGCUCACUACGACUGCCUGGCGGAUCCCCUGUGCCGGACGGGGCUGUUCGGCCAGGCCGUGGAGCUCAUCGACACCAUGCCUUUUGAGCCGGACUUGGACGACGCUCCUGGUGGCGUGCCAGACUCUCUCGACUCUAGAUACGACAAGGCAAAGGCAGGACCGGCUCAACGUCUCGCUCAACUCGAUCGGCGGUGCUCCAUCGAGACCAGGGAUCAUAUCCAAGCGUGGGAGACGGCACAUUCUUAUGCUGCCGCCGUCGAUUAGGAGCUCCACAGGCUAAACAUCGAGCUGACCAUGGAGCGGGGGUGCAAGGUGGACGUGCUGCUGGGGCUUGUGAGCAAGG